AUGUCUCAUAAACAAUUUAAAUCCGAUGGAAACAUCGUCGCACCCUAUUUGCUGGGACUCGCCAGAAGUAAUCCAGGUUUGACGGUGAUCGAGCACGAUCGAGUAGUUUUCAGAACUGCCUCUGCUGCAAACUCUGGCAAUAAGCCUAAAGUCACUUUGGUUUCCGGAGGAGGAAGUGGCCAUGAACCGACACAUGCCGGAUUUGUUGGUGAAGGUGCGUUAGAUGCUAUUGCGGCUGGUGCAAUCUUUGCUUCGCCAUCUACCAAACAGAUCUUCUCCGCUCUAAAGGCUGUCGAGUCUCCUAAGGGAACGUUGAUCAUUGUCAAGAACUACACAGGUGAUAUUAUUCAUUUUGGAUUAGCCGCUGAAAGAGCAAAAGCCGCUGGAAUGAAAGUUGAACUAGUGGCCGUUGGCGAUGAUGUGUCUGUAGGUAAGAAGAAGGGCUCGCUUGUAGGACGCAGAGGGCUAGGUGCCACUGUUCUUGUCCAUAAGAUUGCCGGGGCAGCUGCAGCUCAUGGCCUUGAACUAUCAGAAGUUGCACAAGUUGCUCAAGCAGUGAAUGAUAAUAGUGCUACUAUUGCUGCUUCUCUGGAUCAUUGCACUGUUCCCGGUCACAAGCCGGAGAAUAUCCUGGGUGACGAUGAGUAUGAAAUUGGUAUGGGUAUUCACAAUGAAUCAGGUACCCAAAAAUCUUCACCUUUACCAUCAAUUCCAGAACUUGUUGCUCAGAUGUUGCCCUUAGUUCUUGGUGAAGACGAAGAUCGCUCAUAUGUCAAAUUUGAACCUAAGGACGAUGUCGUUUUAAUGGUUAACAAUAUGGGUGGUAUGUCUAAUUUGGAAUUGGGGUAUGCAGCAGAAGUCGUUUCUGAGCAAUUGAUUAAGAAAUAUAACAUUAUUCCAAAGAGAACCAUAGUUGGCGCAUUCAUAACCGCUUUGAACGGACCGGGUUUCGGUAUAACUUUGAUGAAUGCGUCAAAAGCUGGUCCAAGUAUUAUCAAAUACUUCGAUUAUCCUACAACGGCUAGCGGAUGGAAUCAAACGUAUCAUAACGCGGAAGAUUGGAAAGUUCUUGCUGACGGUAAGGUACCAACUGCUCCUUCAUUGAAGACAAUAAAGAAUGAAAAACCAUCCGGUGUUAAGGCCAAUUUUGAUACAUUUGCUAAAAUUCUAUUAGCUGGUAUUGAAAGAAUUAACGAAGUAGAGCCAAAAGUUACAUGGUAUGAUACUAUUGCAGGAGAUGGAGAUUGCGGAACAACUCUUGUUUCUGGUGGUAAGGGAUUGACAGAAGCCAUUGAUGAUCAUUCUUUGCGUCUUGAGGAUGCUGCACAUGGUAUCGAAGAUAUUGCUUACAUCGUCGAAGACUCUAUGGGUGGUACCUCUGGUGGUCUAUAUUCUAUCUACCUAUCUGCUUUAGCAAAAGGUAUUAAUGAUUCAGGCGACAAGCAACUAACAGUUAACACCUUUAAAAAAGCUUCACAAUCCGCUUUAGAGGCUCUUUAUAAGUACACAAGAGCACGUCCUGGUUAUAGAACCUUGAUUGAUGCUUUGCAACCUUUUGUCGAAACCCUAAAUGCUGGUAAGGGUCCUAGAGCGGCUGUCGAAGCGGCUCAACAAGGUGCUGAGAAGACAAGAAAGAUGGAUGCCCUUGUUGGUCGUGCUUCCUAUGUAGCCAAAGAGGAGUUGCGUAAGCUUGAUAGCGAAGGUGGGCUGCCAGAUCCAGGUGCUGUCGGGUUGGCUGCUCUGUUGGAUGGGUUAGUUACCGCUGCCGGAUAUUAA